AUGGCAAAGACUAGGUCUAGUACUAUGUUUAUCAAUCGACACUACAUCAAACUACUAGCGACAAUCGCCACAACUAGUCUACUUGUUCUUAUUUAUAUCACAGUACAAGCAAUACAAAACACACCAAUACCGCAAAACACACUACUAAAACUACAGCACGACUUGGAGACAACUAUCAAUACCAAGAACCAACUUGUAUCAGAUGUGACAAUUGUUAAAUGCCGCAAUAUCAAGUUUUGCCAAAUACCGAUGGGAUACGUAACGAUUAACCCGUCAUUGACUUUUUACAAAUAUGCCAAAAGCGAGCUGAAAAAAAAAUUGUAUGAAUACGAGUAUUAUCUUGCUGUGAAGUUGUCAUCUUUGGAUGAAACGACCAGGGUCAUAGCUGGAUUAUCACUAGACAGGCAGGAUGGAUAUGAGGUAGUCAAAGUCAAUAAUCAGGAAGAAGAUCGAUUUAUUAAAUUGUACAAGAAGUUUAUCAUCAAUAAUACUGAACAACCACUACUGAGAGAUACACCAGUACUACGAUCAAUUGAUGUACUUUUUGGCAGUAAUGACUUGAUUGACUCAAGAAAGUUCCAUCAUACUUUACACUUAUCAAAUGAGGAGUCUGUACAUCCAAUCUUAUCGGUGUGCAUGAUGAGUCAACAAGAACAAGAAGAAUACCAGCAACAACUUUCCCAAGAUGCUAAAACUCUUAUCAAGCAAGAUCAAAUAUUGAAAACCAGUCAAGACAAAUAUAAAGUGAUGCAACUUUCUGAUUUACAUUUUGGUCAGGAUUUAGGCAGAUGUAGUACUGGUACUACUGACGUUAAAUGCAGUUCUGAUUUGAAAACUUUGAAGUUUAUUGAAGCAAGCAUAAAACAAGAACAACCUGAUUUGAUUGUCAUUACAGGUGACUUAAUUGACGUUGAACGAUCAUUGGACUACAAAUCCAUCUUGUUGAAAAGUUUACAACCGAUUUUAGCAUCAGAUACUAAAUUCAUCUACACUUUUGGUGAUGAAAUACUGAACAAAGAAGAUAAAUCAACCAUUAUUGAGUUUUUAACCUCACUACCCAAUUGUCUUAAUACAUUUGUACCAUUUGCUGAUACAAACUUGCAUGGAGUCACGAAUGAUAAUCUUCAAAUAUUCAAUAAAGUAGUCAAAGAGAAAAAUCAAGUUGAUGAGCAAUCAGUAUCAAUAACUGUCCUCGAUUCACAAGAUCAUUUCAUAGACGAGACUCAAAUCAACUAUUUGUACCGCAUCAACAAUGAUUUCACGUCAACUGAUUAUAAAUUACUUUUCUUUCAUUACCCCAUCCCACAAUAUCGUCCAGUAGGUACUUUCAAAAUCAUAGGUACAUACAAUGAAAAACAUCCACUAGAUACCAAAACAAACAUUAAAUUUCAUGAUGAUAUAAUCAAUUGUCAGUACCAAGUAUUAUCGGUUGGACACGAACAUGAAAAUGAUGCUUGUAUUUUAUCAGAAUUGUCCACGAAACCUAAAACUAAGCCAAGAACGGCAGAAGGCGAUGCAACCCCAUCAAUUUGGUUGUGUUAUAAUUCAAUCACAGGUGAUUCGGGUAUAACAGCAAUCAAUGAACAAUAUGUACGUAAAAUUAGAGUGUUUGAAGUUGAUUUUGAGAAAAAGAGAAUCUUGAGUUGGAAGAGAAAAGAAAAUGAUAAAGAUGUUUUGGAACCACAGUUGAUAUAUCAAAGUAAAUAG